CCCACUUUCAACCUGAAACACGCAAGUGCACAGCUCUGCUACAGAGUUGUUUUUAGGGCAGAAAAAGGAGAAGAAAGACCCGAGCAAAACCUAAAGUGAAAGGUGAGAGUCACACCAAACAAUAUGAGAAGAAGCCACCCCAUCAUGGAACCCAGAAACCUAAGAAUAGUGCUGUUGGGGAAGACAGGAACUGGAAAGAGUGCCUCUGGAAACACUACUCUGGGAAAAGAUGUGUUCAUGUCCAAGACCAGUUUAAACUCUGUAACACGACACAGCUGUAUUGAGGAAACACAGAUUGGAGGAAGGACAGUGUCUGUGGUCGACACACCAGGCUUUUAUGACACGACUUUGUCAGAAGAAGCCUUGGCUGAGCAGCUUGGCAGAAGUGUCCAUUUAUCCAGACCAGGGCCUCACGCUUUCCUUUAUGUGGUGCAAGUUAAUCAGAAAUUUACAGAACAGGAAUUUAAUGCAGCUCAGCAGUUAAUCAAGGUUUUUGGAAGUGAAGUGUCAAAUUACACAAUCGUUCUCUUUACCCACGGCGAUAACAGGCCAGAGAACUUACAUGAUGAGAUUCGUAGUAACAAAUACUUGUCCAAAUUCAUCCAGCAGUGUGGGGGCCGGUAUCACGUAUUUAAUAAUAAACAGAGAAACAGAGGGCAGGUCACUGAGUUACUGGAGAUGAUAGACAGAAUGGUGACACAGAACGGAGGAAGUCACUACACCAGUGGGCUGUAUAGACAGUCAGAUCACUCCACAUGGGAAGUUUUCUGGGAGAGAUUGAAGGAGUUUUUCCAGCUUGCAAUUGCAGCAAUACGUGCUGUAUAUGCAAUGCGUCAAACUUAUAGUAGCACUGCUACACAGGCUGAAGCGUUUAUGCAAUGUGCUGAAGUGAUUCGAUUCUCCCAGGUUUGUUUGUCUUUUCAUGGAAGCUAAAAAUCGCCGUAACACAUCAUCUGUAGAUGUUGGCUAAAAUCUUUAAUGGAAGAGAAAUACUCAGUGACAGAGAAAGUGAGUAAGACAUUAUAGAAUUUAAUCAAAUGGAUGACUACUUUUGAUAUUUGUAAAACUCAUCAUGUGCAGUUUUGUCUGGUGUUUUAAUAUAAAUCAGAUAUUUGCUCAACAAAGUCUGAAAAAACUGGCAGAGGUAUUUCUGUAGCUCAGUAUGUCACUUUGUGUAUUCUCUAUUAAGAUGAUUUGAGUCUGUAUCAUUGUAGCACAUAUUAAAUCAAGAUUUUCAUUAUAAACAUAUUAUUGUAGAGUAAUGUAGAAUCAAUUUAAAAACAAAAAUAAAAAAAAAAAACAACCCACACAAAAGAAUGCUAUGGGUCUAUAAUAAUUGAUUAAUAAAUGUUUCACUGAUUGUGCUCUUUUGUUUAUUUAAUUAUAAUCCUGACCUUUUUGUACUUCUUCUGGUGAAAAAUG